UAAUACUGAUUGCAUAGUUAUCAAAAAUAAAAGUGAAAAGAAAUACAAGAGUAAAUGGAGUAAUGGACAUUACCCGUUCACUUUACACUCAGCUUAUCCUUGUUUUUCUUUCUCACUAUCAUAAAAUAAAGAGUAAAACGACAUUUUUUUACACCUUUACCCUUCUUCUCCGGUCGCAUCAGCAUUAGAGAAAGUUGAUCCAACAGAAAGUUCUAGCACACAGAAAAGAUACCUCAACAGUUAACUCCUGAAAAGCACAAUUCAUUCAAAUAAUCUUCUUUGAACACACCAAACCUAAACUGUCAAUCUGUCAUAGAUAGCAAGUAAUCUCAUUAGUUCCAAACCAACUUACCCACAAAAAUUUAUGGAUAAUUCAACUUAUGGAAAAAUCUAAGAAAGUUCAAUGGUCAUUAAUUUGAAAGGAAAGCUUCACUUUUCCUAUGUGGCUAUCUGGGCAAAGAAAUUUCCGUCAGUAUAUAAAAAAGCGUAACAUUUCCGGGAAGAAGUUAUAUAUGUAACGUUUUCGUUUAACCAAGAUACCUAAAUAAGCAGACUGAAAUCCACACUAGAGGAGAAUUGACUACACACAAACCCAAUGAGGUUCCAUCCUAAAACCAAUUGGUAAUAGGAGUAGUCCAUUAAGUAUAUAUGUUAGUCAACCUUUCUCAAAUUCUUCGAUAUAGAAUCAUAUUUGAGUUAUAUUCCGACACAAACAACAAAUAGUAAGUUGGUAACUGUCAUUUUAAGUCCUGAAUAGACAACAAAUUGGGAGUUCUAGUGUUGUGGAAAUUGACAAACAAGCACCUAGCCACCUAGUGUUAAUUGUAUUUUGCAUACAAUAGCUACCGAGAGCUGUCAAUUAUAGCCGUCACCAGUUCUAGCAAGUACCUAGCUAGUCGCAACUAACAAUACAUAAACUAGUACAUAGUAGCAAACUACAAUCACAGCUUGUUACAAAGUACUCAUAAUUAUACAACCAAACUCUGGGGCCUGGCUGCCUUAGAAGAUAUUUAGGAUAAGAGACAGAGACACUAAUCAGAAGUGAAAUAAGUUCAACCUAAAACAAUAAGCAAAUACUCCCUACAUCCCAAAGACAUAUUCUUGUUUGAUUAAAAUUAUAGACUCAUAAAUAUAAAGGUGAAACAUAGCUUAGGAAGGGGGGGAAUAGCUUAAUCAAUGUAUAGCGUCUUUUCAAAAGGAAAGUAACCAUAACGAAACCUUAACCACAAUUUCAAAUGCAUUUUAGCUGUUAUAAGAAAUUGGAAGUUUACCAUUAAUUCUUAAGAGUACGAAAAUAUCGUGCAUUAUUGUACGAAAGCAAUAUUGAUUAACUGUAAUGCAUUGCAAUUAGAACCCAAUCUCCUUGUACUAUAAGUCGUUAUCUACCCUUGAUUCAACCGGUAUACCCUUCUUUUUCCCUCUUUAUGUAACUUGUGGAACCCUCCUAAGAACAACCACAACUAUCCCCACUAAAACCAUUCAUUUGACAGAUAUCACUCUGUUACGUACCAAUACAACAUUACAAGCUCCUAGUCCCCAUAUUGUCCCGCUGUGGCAUGUGAUCAAUGUCUUCUUGCCCUAAACCUUACCCUUUUUGAAUGUCGACCAGCUUUCGGCUUUAUGGUAAAAACAAAGAAACUUCUACUUUCUACUCUCAAUUAAAGUCCAGUGAAUCUUAAAAUCUAAGAUGAGUUGUAAAAUUGCAACAUCAAAGUUAAAGAUAUGUAGAGCAAAGUAGCUAUCUAUUUUUAGCCUUAGUUUUCAAUCAAGGCUGUAAUGCACAAAAUGAGAAAUUAUACAUGGUUUCAGCUUUAGCAAAACUAAGAAUCAUGUCAACUUUUAGAUUGGCAAAAGUUGUAUCCCCUAAAGCAACUUUAAAUUCUUACUUUUUAAGUCUUGUGGAAAAGCCAGUUGGUCGCUGAACAUAGUACACAAUAUCGGUCACGAAGCCAAUUUCACGGUCAAUAGAAAUUGUUUCACUCAUUCAAUGUUGUUUCACUAUGUUUCGAAAUCUCCUAGUGCUAUAUUUGGGAAUGAGAAUUUUAUUUAAAAAUAUAGAUUUGACAAAUAAAAUAAUUUUAAAUCUGAAUUUGAGUCAAAUCCACAAUUGCUAUAAAAAUGGUUAAAGAUGAAGAUUUGAAAAUGACCUCCAAAACCUUGUCACUUUCAAAUUCUGCAUUGGUGAUUUAAUAAUUGAAAUCUAUAAUUUAAAUGAAAUGCUUAUUCUCAAACGCAACUUGAAAGAAUUCUAGUUUUAGACUCAUCUACAAGAUCUUAAACUUUACCACUAGAAUCAGCAAAGAAAACAAUAAGACAGAGCACUCUCCAUAUGCCUUAUCACUCAAACAAUCCUGCAACCUAAGAAAAUGCUUCAUCCAUUACUUAUACCUCUGCAACUUAAUUAAAUAUUGAUACCAACGUGAGUAUAUUAUUUGUCAACAUAAAAUUUUAAUAAAAUACAACUCCUACUAGUUUUCAUACACCUAACAAUUUUUAGAAUAUUAUGAACUGAAAAGAGUGAUAAUUGAUAACACAAGUCCAUCCUGUUAUCAAAUCCGGUCAUAUCAUUACCCUAAUGGCCUAAUCUCUCUCAAAAGGAUAUAGCUCAUGAGCAUUUAUAAGGGACAAAUAGCCCAUGAUAUUUCAAAGAAAAAAAUUCGUUAGGAUUAUUAAGAAAGUAGCUUGACAUGCCUUAUCACAACCCGAUGCGAAAUAUAACCCUGAUAAGGUAGUUGAUCUAGGAUCUGAAAAAGCAAUUUAAAGUUGAAAGCUAAGUACAGGGCCUACAGGCUAGAUGAAAAACUUAAGAGCUUAUAAACUCUAAAAUCAUUUUGGGAAAUAAUUGUACUAGCUAAAAAGUCACAAAUAAAAGUAUAAUUUUUUUUUUUUCAAAUUUACAAAGGCAAAAUAAAACAUAGUUAUCGUAAAAGGUAAAUUUCGAUAAGUUUAUAAGCUAAUUCAGAUUUGACUUAUACCCAUACUACAAAAAUAAGGUCGCAUCGCAUCGGUCACAUUCUAAAGGUUUUAAAAAAAAGAACCAAUAUUUUUGCGUUGUAUACGUGUAAAAAAAACGCAAUUUAGACCAUAUCAAGGAAUAUAUAAUGUUUUUGAUCCGUAUUAGGGCGUUACAAUAGCCGCAUCUCCCCCAUUACCGCAUCUCGUUCUGUUACCGAGAUCGCGACGGUUACCGCAUUUUUGAACUAUAUAAAUACCCAUUAACCUCAAUUGGACAAUGAUACUCAUUUCUGUAAAAUCACUAAAAUUUCACUGCAACGUAACUCAAACGCCUCAUCAAAAACAGCCUAGAAUCUAUCAUGAUCUAUCCCAAUUUCAAAAAUUAGCGUACAGUAAUCCAUCAACUCUACCAAAAAAGAACCCUUUAUUUAUGUCCAUAUCACUAAAGAAAGAAAUGUCUUCAUACUCAGCUUAGGCAAAGAGGUGCUCAAAUGACAUUGAGAUAGAUAUGGUUCACCAGUAACGAAAUUUUCCGUAUGGCAACAUAUUUUUGUAAAAGAGGACAGGACUGUAUAUUGAUUAAAAAAUCCAUUAAGAACUUUAGUGGGUGGGCCAUGCCAUAUAGAUGGUGGUAUAUUCAUUAUUCAAUACUGCUGAAAGAGUUCAUUGAAAGAAGGUCAAAUCAAAACAUGCUAAUCAGAUAUCGCUAAAAAAAAUAGGAAAAGGGGGAAGGGUAUCAAGUAUCAACCCAUUUCCAAGAAUAGAUUGGCAAGCUAAUUUCAAGGUUAUAAUAAUUAUCUUAUACUCCAAUAUUCAAUACUUUCACAAUACCUCCAUUAAUAUUAUCUGAACAUUUAUUAUUUAUUCUUAAUUCUUGAUUAUUUAUCCAUUAAAUCUAAAUAUUGUUUAUAACUUCGUUCAAAAAUGAAAAGACCGAAACUUUUCAAUAUAGUUAUCAUUUAUCAAUACGCUAGCAAACUAACAAGAAAUCAACAGUGUACGAAGCCACUUUAAAUUCAACAUAAUUCAAUAUUGUUAAUUAGUUACUCGAACUCUUCGCUUUACCUAAAAUACUCGUGUAGGAUUCUCAAAAUCAACAUGAAUAGAACACUAAAACACUCCGAUUUGAUUCAAAAAAGUCCAGCCACUUAAAUAUGUACCCGUGUUCAAUAUGGGUAUAGACGUACAGUAUUCCGAGUAACAUGCUGAUUCAAUAACUAUUCAAAGUAUUUUAGUAUACAUCAUUCUUUAUAACUAAAUCAAGCAAAAUAAUAAUUUUACCCAUGGGUGGCUCUUUUUGUGCUUUGGAAGUAAUAAAGGAUAAAAAAAAUAAAGACUCCACAGGAAUUUAUCAAUCAAUUCUCAAGGGGUGGCAACUUUUGAAUAAAAAGAGCAAUCAUAUUGUUAAUGUGCCUAAAAAGGCCAAAUCAGCAAAAUUCUUAGCCUCUAUGGUCUAUAUAUUCUUCCUAUCACAUAAACUUGGGACUACUAACCCUACGUACUUGAAAGUUGAAACAAACACAAAAAAGAUGGAAACCUUGUCAUCUUCCAUGUUCUCCCCUCUACUCUACCAAGAACCAAGAAACCUUCAAUCUUCAAGAAAAUUGCUCCAACACAACCCUCCUUACCAAACUCUAACAGCAAGCAGUACGUCUCCCCGGAGAACAUACAAUCCAGUAGACACCACAGAACCUUACAGUGGCACCAAUGGCUUUGAUGCCAAUGUGGUGAUGGUGUUAUCAGUCCUCUUGUGUGCCUUAAUCUGCUCACUAGGAUUAAACUCUAUAAUCAAGUGUGCACUACGAUGUUCAAGUUUCAUGCCACCAGAAUCUAACAGCGACAGCAGCAACCCUUCCCCCACUUCAGGUUCAAAAGGUACAGGCAUCAAGAAAAAAGCAUUAAAGACUUUUGCUGUAGUGAAUUACUCACCAAACCUGAAGCUCCCUGGUCUUGGUACAGAGUGUGUUAUAUGUCUGUCAGAGUUUGCUCCAGGAGAGAGAUUGCGGCUCCUGCCGAAAUGCCACCAUGGCUUCCACAUCCGCUGUAUUGAUAAGUGGCUCAACACUCACUCUUCAUGCCCCACCUGCAGGCACUGCUUGAUCGAAACAUGUCAGAAAAUCGUUGGCUGUGAUCAGGCUAGCUCAUCACAGCCACUUCCUUCACAGGCAACUAUUAUAAACAUGGCACCAUUAGAACGUGAAGAUGCUGUAAGAAGUUACAGUGCUAGCUGAUAGUAUUAGAGUCCUCGUUUGUCCAAAUUGUAACUUGUAUAUUUCAUGGUGCCCGGAGGCAGAGUACAAUAUGUCACAAGGGCUGAUGUAGCUUCCAGCUGCAGAUUUAUUGUACAGUCAGGAACGAUUGUUUGCAUAUAGCACUUAGCUUGUUUUAAAUUAGCAUACUUUUACCAAACAAUAUCCACUGAUAUCCUGUUACAGUGCUACAGGCAGGAUUUGAGGAACUCUACCAUCGACAUUUAAUCCCCACCAGUUGAUAUUAAAACUUAACUGGAAGUCACAUGUCCAAUAACAUAAAUAAAUAAAUAAAUAAAUCAACUUUCUGUAAACCAGUAAAAAAACAGUUGAAUUUCAAAGUGGCAUAUGGAACAUAUUCAUCUACAGGUGUUAUCUUUAUGUCAAGAAAUAAUAUACAAAUAAAAAUAUCAAAAAAGCAUUACUCUCACUGAAAAUAGCAAUAUUUUUGGAUUAGCAAAAAAAACAAAAAAAAAAAGGCACAAAAUAAAAUAAUAGUGUAGUUCUACAAAUGCUAUGUUCAUAGUGAAGCAUAAGCGGUGAGCCCUUCAAAAGAUGGAAAGUCAUAUUUAAUGCAAAAUAGUUCAAUUGGAAUAAUUGGAAACAUAGUGGCUCUAGAACCACAGCCAGAAUAUUAAAACAAUGGGAAACUUAACCAAGAAAAGUUAUGAAACAAGUGAACAGCUGAAAUGUGAGUAUGGAAAUAUCCACUUCAUUGGAGACGAAGCGAGUCAGUAGGCCAUGUAAUGUCGCGAUAAGCUUUACACAAAUGAAUACUUAAGACAAAAAGGAUGGGACCAAACAUAUAUAAAAUUCAAGAGAUAAUUUAGAGUAUUAAUCGAAAGAUGUCAACAGCUUUUUGCAAUACUUCCAGUGAAUAUGGAAUAAGUUAAUAAUAUCAGAGAUCACAUGAAUCCACCUAUACUAAAUUGAAUAAAAAUAGUAAAAUUAGAUCCCAUUUCGUCUUGCGGAUUGAAAUUCCAAUUUCCAAAUCAUCAAGAGGUGAACAAAAUGUUUUGAAAUGCUGCACAGUAUAUAUUAAUCUAUACCAAGUGCAGCUGAAUUCAGCUUCCAACAGCUCCUUCAAAAAGGUACUGCAAGGUUGAUAGAAGGAAACAGACUAAGAAAAAAAUGUGGAGCUGAAAAUGUGGAAGGUGAGAGAGAAACCAAUAUGUGCACCAAAAGAAAGAAUUUGUAGCAUAGCAACAGAACUCAAUGAACCAGGAAACACCGAACCCCAUUAGUGAUUACACAAGACGAUAGCCAACAGAUUUCUUAUUAGCCAAGAGCAGUUUCACAAACAAUAACAUGCAUAAUGACAAGUGGGCCACAAGAAAGAAAGAAAUAGCACUCAAAAGUAUCUAGUCUAAUGCUUGAGUUGAUAGUUGAUACUUGCAAAGCCCAUUAAACUUUUGACUCUGAAUCUCACCUUAUCCCUUAUCAUUAAAGCUUCAAUUACUUGUAUCAAUUUCCAUUUCCCUUUAACACCACACCCCCCCCCCCCCCCCCUCCCACCCCUUCAUCUUUUUUAUGGACAAUCAAAUACGGCACAGAAAACUACAACUCAUUUUCACUAGUAUAUCACCUUUGUUGCCCGGACACUACAUAUUACCUAAAUUUGUCAUGUCGGAUCCUUGAUAAUCGGACAACUUGGACUUUAUUUUGGACAAUAAAAUGUAUUUUUCCAUAAUUUAGCCGAUGCUGACACUUGAAUACAUGCUUAUGAUGGAUAUGAGUUCCUGAAUCCAGGUAACAAACAUCAAACCUAAAUCCUCCAUUAUUAAUGUCACAUCAGUUACAUAAUAGUAGCUUGUGAUUCAUCGGUAAAAAUUAUCACUGUCAAAUCUCAUAAUUAUUAAGGACUUUUUAAGAAACAAGAAAGAAAUAAACCAUAAUAUUGGGAUUUAACAAGGAUUCACAAGUGCGUAUUAAAAUAUUAACAAAUUGCAUAUUAGUUGCAAAAUCCCUUUAGUCAUUCUUAGAAAGUAAACUGUCAGCUAGAUAUCCCAUUGCGAUUGAUAGCUCAGAGAACAAGAUAUAACUGUUAUGAGUGUUAGAAAAUGUCAAUUCUACAGACUCAAGUUUCGAACUUUCCCAAUAAAGUUCCAUCUUACUUGAGCCUGCUAAGAUUACGGAGAAAAAAUAAUUCCCAUAGAAAAAUUAGUUAUGCCCAUUCACGCACGGAGAUUCACAAAAAUGCAUCCAUACCAAAAAUUUAAUUUAAAACACAUUUUAUUUCUGUUUCCCGACACUCUACCUCAUCCCUCCUUAGCACCUUGACAUGAAGAUGACUGUAAAAGGAGUUGCCAAGAGUCCUAGCUGACUGAAGAUCCUAUUGCAACUAUAGCAAAUGAAUCUGGUAAUUUCAAAUUGGUUAAAACCAAAUAAGACAUGAGUCAAACAACAAAACAAGACCAUUAAAAUAUUUGUACAAUCAUACAGAAGCCAGGCACAUCACUUGGUUGAAAAAGCAGAAGUCAAAGCUUGGACCAGGGAACCCCCCUCAACCAGAGACACAUAGUUGACCAAAGAGGUACUGAACUUAGCUUGUAUCGAAGGAUCUUCUUGUUGCAUUACAUACAGCCAGUAUCAAAGUUUACAAGGUAGACUAAUAAUUUAAAAUAUAAUCUUCUCUGAGAAACAAUGAUACAUACAGAUCAAGAAGAUGGUCCCUCCCGAGUCAUCUCUCUGCUUGCAUGCAGCAAGGUCAGCACAAGAUAUAAUAUAAACUUGGUUAAGAAGCAACAGGUACGUGCAGCUCAAAAAGAUAGUCUCUCUGCAGAAACUAAGCCAAGGAUGAAACAAUUUUAUGCACACAAAAAACAGGAUCACUGCAACAUCCUAAUGUAGGAAUUUAAACAAAAUGAACAUCAAAGUACAUCAAGAGAAAACACAACUUUAAAGGGUAAUAUCAUACUAGGAAAACCAAAAGAAAAUGCCUUAAAACAUAGACCAAAGCCCAAAUACAAAGGCCUAGCUAAAGGUAGACAUCAUUUCAAAGAAAAUUUGACCCUCGGAUUUGUUAAAUUCUAACAGCAGAAUUAAAUAAGAUACAAUCUAGAAGCACAAACAUAUUUUCUAAGAGUUCUGCAACUAAAAAAGAGCAAUAGCAUGUCCAAGCUAUUUCAUACUACGUCUGCAGAAGUUAGUGAUUAUCUACACAGUCUGCAAUAAUCAUAAACCACUCAUAACCACCUUUUUCCCCCCAAGAACUUGAUUUAGUUUAUCGAAAUUUGGUAAACCAUCUUUGUAGAUGUACAUAAUUAAUGACAUGUGUGCCAAAACAAGUCCUCAGAAAACAUAACAAGCAAUUUCGACAAAUGGCCUCACACAAAUGAGUCGGCUGUGGCGCAACAGCAACAAAAUGUGUAAUGAGGGCUGCCGGUGAACACCACUCACAGGCGGCAGCAGGGAUGGUUGGGGGCUGACCUGCAGAUGUUCAAAACACACAGUAGCACAAGGUUGAAGAAAGUACAGUGGCAAAACAGAAGGUAAAAGAGAGAUUUGAGGGGAAGAUUACUGAUUAGGUUAAUCAAGCUCUUCGAGUGACUUUCACGCCAAAAUAGCCAAAGGCAUUACACAUUCAAAAGAUGAUCCUAAACACUACAAUCCCAUAGUAUAUAAUACUACUACUCAUCCAAAAACAGCUUUCUACUCAAUUCAUGUUAUCCUUGCUUGUCCUUCUUGUCCCCUUCCUAGAGUAAGUAAAUCUCAAUUGUGGUCCCCCUCUUGAUUCAUUACAUUACCCCCUUGCCAAAACACUCACCUUGUCCUUAAGGUGGAAAUACAAAAAUUGCAUAUCAAUGGUCUAGUAGUCUUCCCAAGUGGCUUCCGAAUCUGAUAAAUCUUUCCAUUGAAUGAGCACUUCCCUUCCCUCGUCUCGCCCAUUCUGCUUGUCUCUGAUCCCUAGCACUUGAUUAGGUUGCACAACAAUCUCUAGACAUAGUUAAUGUGAAUCAUAUGCUAGAGGAGGUUAGAGUAGAUCCCACGACUUGCUUAAGUAGGGAAACAUGAAAAACAGGGUGGAUUUUGCUGUUUGCGGGCAGAUCCAACUUAUAAGCAACUGAGCCAACUCUUGCAAUUGCCUCAAACAGCCCAUAAAAGUGAGUUGGUAGCUUCUCGCAAUGGCGGGAGGCUAUGCCCUACUGUCGGUACGGUUGCAAUUUCAAGUAGACUGCAAUGAUUCAAGAGGGGGGACCACAACUAAGAUUCACUUACACUAGGAAGAGCACAAGAAGGACAAAGCAAGGAUAGCAUGAAGAUAGUGGGAAACUGUGUUUCCUUAAUUAGUAGUACUUGUGUUAGUACCUUAGUAGCAUUUUACUGUUUUUAGAGAAACAUGGAUGAGUAGAAGUAGUAUAUAUACUGUAGGAUUAUAAUGUGUAACCUCUCAUCUUUUGAAUGUGUAAUACCUUUGGCUGUUUUGGAGUGAAAGCCACUAGAAGAGCUUGAUUAAUCUAAUUAGCAAUCUUUCCCUCAAUCUCUCUUUUUCUUACUCAUUAUUUGCUACUGUGUACUGUGCAUCAUCACCCAAACAGCCCUGCCUCAUCUACCAUCGCAGCUGCCACCUUCUGUGGUGCCUCCCCCAACCACCGUCAUAACAGUGGUACCUAAGCCACCUGGAAUAGUCUCCGGCCACCGGCCACCGGUCAGGCGCCUCCCACCCAAUCCUCACACCUGGAACAGCGUGAAGGAGUCAUUCAAGAACUUCAACAAGCCCUUCCUACCCAAAUCCAAAACUUGACCCAAAGCUUUGAUGAAAAGGUCAACUCAUUCAUGGCAGCUCUAAUGGAGAGUCACACCAGACUUGCCGCCAACCAUGCCCAUUCCUAAGAAGCAAACCAGAAAUUUCUAGAGGAAAUUAGGGGUUUUUGUAACCCUAAACCUUAAUCAAACACAACCAUACCAUUCAACCCAACAAAGCCAGACCCACCCGCGAUAGACAAGCCCGACUGCCUCCUUCGCAGAGUCGCCACAGGGCUUCCGCUGCCCUCACCAGAAUCAUCCUCAUCCCUGGUCCCAAUUCCUGCAAAACCCUAACCCUAAUUCGACCCUAAACCCUAUUCGACACAAACCCUUCAAACCCACCCAAUCCAUUUGACGCACAACCUCCAGCCAUCGACAAGCCCCACCACCACCUCUGCUGAGUCACUACCAGGGUUCUGUCGCCCUCCACCUCACCAACAUCCCUAGAGGUGUAAUUAAUUUGGUGAAAAACCGAACACCAAACCGAACCAGACCGAAAAAGAAAUUUGAUUUGGUAAUAUUUUAAAUAUGGUUUGGUUUGGACAAAAGUUUUUCAAAAAAUUUUGGUUUGGUUCGAUUUCGGUUCAGGGUCCCAAAAAACCGAAAAAACCGAACUAGACCGAAAUUCUAAGGGAUUGAAUAGGCCCAAGUCCAAUAAGAAUAAAACCCUAGCAGCAGAAUAUAAAUAAGAAAAAAAUCAGAAUUCAUUUGGAAAUUGGAACCCUAGGUACAGCGCUCCCCUUCCCUGACUCCCUCUUCCUUUCAGGAUUUCACCAUUCCUGAUACUUCAUUGAGUACACUGACCAUUCCUUCUCAUGAUCUCAUCUCAUCUCUUUCAUUCGACCAUUCUUGAUAAUUGAUACCAUUCAUCUUCUCAGUUUUCAUCUCUUUCAUUCGACCAUUCUUGAUACCUUCUCAAUUCUCAUCUCAUCUCUUCUCAAUGGAAGACCAAAGGUAAUAUCCUUUAUUUGCAUUCGCUUAUUAGGUUUUAGAUUUAGAUUUAUUUGUUAUUUUCGCUUACUUAUUUAGAUUUAUCCCUUAUUUUUCGUUUAUUUUCCCCCCUUUUAUUUUAGAUUUAGAUUUAUUUGUUGUAAUUUGUUAUUUUAGAUGUAUUUGUUAUUUUUUUCGUCUUCUGUUCAUCGUCUUUUGUUUAGUUCAAUUUGGAUUGUAUUUUUGCUAUAUUUUAUUAUUUUUUUCUUCUUCUAUUCAUCGUCUUCUGUUUAGUUCAAUUUGGAUUGUAUUUUUGUUGUAUUUUGCUACUGUUUUUUGUCUGCUUUGUGUCUAUUAUUUCGUCCGCUCUGUUGUAUAUUAGAUAUUAGUUCUUAUUUUGUUUUUGUUUUCUUUUUUUGUUUUAGUACUGGAGAAGUUAAUGCCCAAUCUACUGCUUCUUCCAAGAAAGUUGUGAGGAAAAGGAUGAAAGAUAGAUCUCCAGUGUGGGAUCACUUUGACAAAGAAGAAACUAGUGACGGAGUUCGAGCUUCUUGCAAAUAUUGUUAGAUUAAAUACAAUUGUGACACAAAAAAGAAUAGAAUUAGUACUUUGUGGGCUCACAUUAACAAGUGUCGUAAGUAUCCCUACAAUACCCCUAAAGACUCAAAGCAAAGUUUACUUUCUUUUCAUUAUGAUGGUAAAGAUAAGCAAGCUGGUAAUGUUAGUAUUACUUAUAACAAAUUUGAUGCAAUGAGUUGUAGAAAUGCCUUGUCUUUUAUGAUAAUAGUUGAUGAGCUUCCAUUUAAGUUUGUUGAGGGUCUAGGUGUUUUGCAUUAUACAAGUGUUUCAGAGCCUAGGUUUCGUGUGCCUUCUAGAGUGACUAUUGCUAAAGAUUGUUAUGAGAUUUUUAUAUCUGAAAAAAGAAAGCUUAAGAGUUACUUGAAAAAGAUUGAUGCUAGAAUUUUUUUAACAACUGAUACAUGGACUUCUAUUCAACAAAUCAAUUACAUGUAUCUGAAAAAAGAUUGAUAAUGACUGCUCAUUUACCUGUGUGGAAAUGACAUCAUAUUAUUUGAAAUUUUUUUACUUAUUUGACAAUCACUAAACUGUACAUCACACAAAAAUACAGGAAAAAAAUAAUAAUGAACAUAGAGACCAUCAAGCUCUAAAAACUAUCAAUUAAGCAAUAAGCAUCCAAGGUAUUUACUAAAACUUCUCCGAACAGCAAAAGCAAAACAACAAAAAAAAUAUAUGAUCAGUUACUUCAAUCCACUUUACCAAGCUCCAACGCAAGUAUCAUGUAUCCUCCCCCGACUUUAUCCUUAAAUGCCACGUAAUAAAAUCAAAAACAAAAUUCCAACUCAUAGUGUAAAAACAAGGCCGACUUUAUCCCUAAAUGCCAUAAAUGCAAGUACUUCCCUUACCUUAUCUUUUUCAUUCCUAUAAUCUAUACAGAUUCACCCACCAUUCCAAUCUACAAUUUCACGCCAGCAUAAUCUGCAAGAUCAUGUAACUAUCUAUAUGUAAAUUAAAGUUAUAGCAUGGUUUUAGUCUUUGUCUGGACAUAAAGAUUGUGAAUUUACCACCUAUUACCGUCCCUUAUCUUCCUCAUUUAUAUACCUAUCAACCUUACCUUCAUCUUACCACCUGUUCCUAUCCCUUAUCUUCCUCAUUUAUAUACCUAUUCACAUACCAUUCAUCUUUUUCAUUUCCAGCUAGGAAAUUUCUAUAAGGUCAUGAAAAUACUCAUAGUCUGGACUAAAUAAAGGUGAAGAUUCUUUCAUUUAUACAUAAUGAAUGAUUGUUAAUUUUACCACCUAAUCCCUUUACCUAUCACCAAGAAGGAUACGUGAAGGAAAAUAUAUACUCCUCUAUCCCACUAAAUUUACUUUAUUUUCCAUUUAAUUUUCUCGCAAUCCCCAUUUUUAUUCUUGAACAUAACGCCUCCACUUUUACUCUCUAUAUUAUCUCUCUUAGUUCUAAGUAUUCCACUACUUUAACACACUAUACCCAAUUCCUUAGUCUCCAUACCAAGAGUAAAUGGAGCUAAAUAGUAGGGACGGAGGAGUAAAUAACACAUGUGAGCCCGAAAUAGAGCAGGAAUUCAAGAAAACCCAAAAAGAAGUAGCACAAUAGAGUCCUGACUACAAGCAUUGUGUACAAAUUAGUCCAACUAUUAGGUUCAGCAAUCCCACCACUGUUCACCUACAUUAGAGAAAUCUAAGUAAACAUUAGCAAGUCAUUAACAAUGCACAUAUAGAAUGUCUUCAGAUCCAUAUGUUGCAACUCAACAUGUGAGCUUAAAGUAAAUACUCAAGCAAAUAAACAACACGCCAGAUUAUUACCACAUCAAUUAAAAUCACAAUUCACAACAUAUCAAGCCACUUUGAAUCAUAUGCAAUUGACAAAUAUAUCAGAUCAACUAAAAAUUGCAAAAACUCAAAUUAUAAUGAAACAACCAAAGAUAGAGUUCUCCAAUUAUCAAAUUUUACUGGCGUACUUUCGUGGUUUGCUAGUGUUAGGAUGGCUCGGGCGUACUUCGGUGGUUUUGCUGUUGUUAGGAUGGAGCUCUCCAAUGGUGGUGUUAGUAUUUCUGGGUUAUUGGUGAGGCAGCUGGUUUGGCUACCAAGAGUUGAUGGCCCUUUAGGUAUAUUAUUGGUCUUGGCCUAGGUGUUAGGAGUUUUUGGUGGGCUAGUUUUGUGGCUUUACCCAGGAUUGUAAGACCUCUUUGGUCAUUGUGUUUAUUUGGGCCUGACCUUUUUGGUGUGGCCUUGAUGUAUUUAGUGGCUCGGUCCACUUUUUGGUGUAUCAUUUAUGUUAAAGGGCGCCCUCACAUCUUAUGUUUUGUCAAUGGUUUUUUUCCCACGGGCUUUUUUAUGCCAGCAAUAUCAUGAAAAUCCCUUUAAUCUCUCUUUUUUGCAUAAAUUUAACCAAUUAUCAAAAAAAAAAAAUUCUUCAUUCUCUAACAAUCCAACCGUAAGUUUAUUGU